GAAGGAUGUAGAGCCAGAGGGGGGCGCAGGAUGGAGUGUUCCUGGAAGACGGUGCUGCUGCUGGUGUGCGCCUCUCUGGGGGUCCAGUACACGGCCAUCCGCACGCUGAGGGACUCGCUGUCUGGACCCUGCCAGGGAGCUUACCGCUGUCAGACCAGACAUCUGAGAGACUCCAGAUGGAGAGCGCUGUGUGACGACAGUUGGAUUCCCGUGGCGCUGCCUCGGAAACACAUCCUCCUGUUUGCCACCACGCGCAGCGGCUCGUCCUUCACCGGCCAGCUCCUCAACCAGCACCCAGGGGUUUUCUACGUGUUCGAGCCGCUCUACCACGUCCAGCAGGCCUUCACUAAUUCCAGCAGCAGGUUGCGUCGCACCCUGGACCGCCGGGCCCUGCUGGGAGCGUACAGGGACCUCCUCCUCAAUCUCUACACCUGCGACCUUCACUUCAUGGAGAAUUACAUCCGCCCCGAGCCCCAGGACCACGUCACAAACCUCUUCUUCCGCCGAAGCUCCAGCCACGCCCUCUGUUCCCCUCCUGUGUGCCUGGAAGCAGGAGAUGCGGGGGCCCCGGAGCCGCCUGAUGAAACCUGGUGUCCCAAGAAGUGUGGGGCCUUAAACCUCACUUUAGCUUCAAUGUCGUGUCUGUCAAGAGGACACGUAGCCAUAAAGACUGUGCGGGUCCCCGAGGUGGGGGAUCUGCGGACCCUGACUGAAGAUCCGCGUCUGGACCUGAAGAUAAUCCACCUGGUGCGGGACCCCAGAGCCAUCCUCGCCUCCCGCAUGAUGGCGUUUUCCGAUCAGUUCCGCGCUUGGAAGAUAUGGAACGCGACCGGACGGCAACCUCGAUACGUGGACCUGUCGCAGAUCACCAGCACCUGCAAGGACAUGGUUGCCUCUGCAGAAACCGGCCUGCAGAGACCGGCGUGGCUGCGGGGACGCUACUUACUGGUGCGGUACGAGGACCUGGCGUUCAGACCAAAGGACAAGGCCACAGAGAUCUACAGGUUUGCGGGGCUGGAGAUGGAGGACAGGGUGAACCAGUGGAUUGCAAGGAACACCAACAGCAACCUGUCCUCCCCGUCCGACUGGAGCUACAGGUACUCCACCGCCAGAGACUCCAGAGCCACAGCGGAGAGCUGGAGGCUGCGGCUCGGCUUCGACAUCGUGAGGACGGUGCAGAAUCUGUGCAACGACACCUUGGCCCUGCUGGGAUACAGGCGGGUUCACUCCUUAGCAGAGCUCAGAAACUUGUCCCACAGUUUAGUGGAGCACAGGACUUUUCCCCCAGUCACAUGA